AUGGAGAACGAGAAGGGAGAGAUCGUCGAUCUCUACGUCCCCCGCAAGUGCAGCGCCACCAACCGCAUCAUCAAGGCCGACGACCACGCCUCCGUCCAGAUCUCCAUCGGCAAGGUUGACGAGAACGGCCGUCUCACCGAUGAGCGCCAGGUCUACGCCCUGUGCGGUUUCAUCCGCGCCCGUGGCGAGAGCGACGACUCUCUGAACCGCCUCGCUCAGCGUGACGGUCUCCUCAAGAACGUCUGGUCCGCCCAGCGAUAA